GCCACUGGCAAACUCCCAGCGCUCUUCGUAUUCUUUACUCGCUCCUUCAACGAUCUUGGUCUCCUCCUCCAUUCGAAGUCACAUCCUCGCAAUGAAAUCGUGACGCCGGCUUCUAGUAGAACACAAUUACGCGACGCAACGCAAAUUCUCUGCACGACGAAGGAUACGUCGUCGGGAUGCCUCAGUACGGUUGAAGGCUGCAUCUCUGAUAUCAUCUCCGUUAUCGCUCCCGCUGUGACAACAGCCAAGAGCUACCCUACCCAACAUCGACCAUGAGGGAGCAACAGCUGCACCGCGCCCGACUGGUGUCGAGUGUGGCUGCAACGAUCAUCUCGCUGGCAUGCGGUACCAACUACGUCUAUUCCGGAUGGGCGCCGCAGUUUGCUGAUAAGCUGCGUCUUACCACUACCGAGAUCAACCUGAUCGGCCUGGCCGGAAACAUGGGCAUGUACUCCAUGGGAGUUCCCGUCGGCCUGUUCGUCGAUCAUCGAGGUCCCCGGCCUGCCGUCAUCGCCGGCGCCUUAUGCCUCGGCGUCGGCUACGCCCCGUUCCGCGCCGCCUACGAGACCGGUUCAGGCUCGGUGCCUGUGUUGUGCUUCUUUGCCUUCCUUACCGGCCUAGGCGGCUGUAUGGCCUUCGCUGCUGCGGUCAAGACGUCCGCCCUGAACUGGCCUCAUCACCGAGGCACCGCGACCGCCUUCCCCCUAGCCGCCUUCGGCCUCAGCGCUUUCUUCUUUUCCCUGUUUGGAAGCAUCUUUUUCCCCGGGAACACGAGCGCCUUCCUCACCUUGUUAGCCGCGGGCACUUUUGCGAUGAUCUUUUGCGGCUUCUUCUUCCUGAGGGUCUACCCGCACACGCACUACCACAGCAUCCCGGACAGUGGUUCCGGGCUGUCCGACUCACAGCAGUUGCGCCGCACGCUUUCUCAGGAGGAGGAUAAAGCACCUCGCCGUCCUGGCGGCCAUGGCGGGCGACGCUCCCCGGAGAUAGAACCUGGUAUGUCGCCCACCACCACCACCACCACCACCACCACCACCUACACGACUCCUGCAGCGGAGGGCGCAUCAUCCCGGGACGACGCCAGCACUCCUGGGCCUGACCAGGCUGAUGUCGAGGCCGCUACCCCUCGUGUGUUCGACGGCUCAUCUCCGGAGGCCGGGGUUGAUGAGACAUCAUCGCUCAUGUCGUCUUCGCUGGCCGGCGAUGUUUUUGUCGAGAACAGUGUUGAUAUGGAUCGAUCCCAUCGUGUAGAUAUCCGCGGCUGGCGCCUGCUCAGUAACAUCGACUUCUGGCAACUCUUCUGUAUCAUGGGCAUCUUGGCGGGUAUUGGCUUGAUGACGAUCAACAAUAUCGGGCAUGACGCCAAUGCACUCUGGAAGCGCUACGACGAUUCGGUAACUGAGGAAUUCCUCAUCAGGCGGCAGCAGAUGCAUGUCUCGAUUCUGUCCAUUGCCAGUUUCGGUGGUAGAUUGCUGAGUGGGGUCGGAUCCGACUUUCUGGUCAAAGUUCUACACGCUAGUCGGGUUUGGUGUCUGGUCAUUGCCUGCUUCGUCUUCUCUAUCGCCCAGCUUUGCGCCAUCGUCAUCACCAACCCUCACCUCCUGGGCUUCGUCUCUGGCCUCUCGGGCCUCGGCUACGGCUUCCUGUUCGGCGUGUUCCCCUCCAUCGUGGCCGAGUCGUUCGGCAUACACGGCCUGAGCCAGAACUGGGGGUUCAUGACCCUCAGCCCUGUCAUCUCGGGGAAUAUUUUCAAUCUAUUCUACGGUGUUGUCUUCGACAGUCACAGCAUUGUGGGGCCAGACGGCGAGCGGACGUGCCCUGAUGGACUGGACUGUUACAAGAAUGCGUACUUCGUUACAUUGGCCGCAUGUGGGGUAGGGAUCGCAGUGACAUUGUCGACAAUACGGCAUCAGCAUCAACAGUGGCUGAGGGAGGAAGGGAAGGGAGCUGCUGAGGAUUGAAAGGUCUUGAGAGAGAUGCGAUGGGCACGGUCCCCGCCCAAAGGCUUGGACGCUCAGGUAUGCAGCUGGAGCUGCGGGAGAUUCAUGCCGCAAUGGCACUAGUAUGGUUCACUGUGCGUUAUAACCUUUCUAUGGGAUAGAAGAGAGCGCCGGCGUUUUGUGGGGGUUGCGGUAUAGGGGUUGCAACGCAUACCGGGCGCAUAGACCGAGAUCUGGGUAAGCUCACACUACUUUUUGUAUUGUACUUCACUACCUGUAAAUAUGACACAGGUACAGCGCUAUUGGCCGCUUAACUAUUACUAGUAGCGAAUUGCGUUCCAGUUCUGUUACAGAAAGCCAAUUCUCAUCU